AUGCAUUUCGCUCAACUUCUUCCAUUGUUCACUGGCCUCGCUGUUGCGACUACCCUGCCGCGCCAGGCAUCUUCUGGAUGCACCAAACCGGCCAAGCGCGUCGAGUUCCGAACUCUAGAUGCCGCUUUACGUAAAGAAUACACUGACGCCGUUAUCUGCCUCACUGAGAAGCCUUCCAGUAUCGGCUUGAAAACGUCUUUGUACGAUGACUUCACCUACGUACACACACACCUCAAUAACGACAUUCACUACGUUGCGCAGUUCCUACCAUGGCACAGAUACUUCACUUAUCUGUACCACAAGCAGCUCCAGGCUUGUGGCUACACUGGCCCAAUGGUGUACUGGGAUUGGACUCUUGAUGUCAAAGACGUAGCUGGCUCAGACUUCUGGGACCCCGUGAGUGGCGUCGGCGGUAACGGUGGCGACAAGAUUGAAAAGACCAGUGACGGACCUGCUGAGCACUGCUUGUCACGCGACUUUUUUGAUGGUCAGAAUCGCCCUGGUACUAUGCGCGCCAGCGGCUAUACACCCGAGGUCAUCGCCGAGAUGAACAAGCUUCCAGACUUUGAGUCCUUCGAGUUCAGGUUGGAGAAUGUUCCCCAUGGCUCCAUCCACAGUGCUGUCGGUGGUCAGAUGGGAGACCUAGGCCCCUCGUCCUCGCCCAAUGAUCCCAUCUUCUUCAUGCACCACGGCCAGGUCGAUCGCCUGUGGGCUCUUUGGCAGCAGCAGGACCCUGAGGCCCGGCUCAAAGACUACGCUGGCAUCCGAGAGCGUCUGAUGACACCUGGCGGUAAUGCUACAGCUGAUGAUAACUCGACACAGGCCGAGAUUCCCAACCCCCGCGCCACUCUGACCGACAUGAUGCCCUUCAUGGGUCUAGCUGGCGCUGAGGAUCUCACUGUCUCUGACGUUAUGGAUACCACUAACGAGAAAUUGUGCUAUACCUACUAG